AAACAAUCCAUGUAGACCAAGUCAUGGGUUGGAGUUGCCCAGGGCUGACUCCCAUGGACAAAAAGUUGGCAAGUCAACCCGAUUCACUUGCCUUUUCUGUGCUCGGGGUCCACAGUGCCGAGAGUUCCUAUUGGUCCUUUCUAGUUCAGGAAGGUCAUCUAGGACCCACUCCGACUAUUCGGGAAAUCCCAAGGUGGCUUGAGGCAUCACUGGGAAUGGAAAGUGAUGAUAUCAAAAUCCCAGGUCAUUAGAUAUCACCUUCCUGAAGCAAUGUUCUCCGCGUUCAGAUACGAUGUGGUCCUUGUCUGAUAAAUCUAUAAAUCGGGCUCCAGGCGCUCGUCAGGUCACUAUUGAUAUACCAACCACUCGAAACCAUCCACAACGACGAUAUCCGCUUUCGAAAUACAUUCAAAAUGUCCGAUGCUCUUGAUCUGUCCAUGCUAAAGGGAACUCCCGAGCAAAGGGAACAAAUCUCUGCUGAGCUGCUCCACGGCCUCAAGACUCGUGGCGGCGUCAAGUUGAAGAACCACGGUCUUCCGGACGAACUCGUGCAUGAACUAUUUGACUGGACUCGCAAGUUCUUUGCCCUUCCCCAUGAAGACAAAAUGCUUGCCAAGCACCCGCCCAAGGCAAACCCCAACCGCGGAUACUGCUACGUUGGACAGGAGUCCAUCUCGAGCAUCAGUGGUUAUGAGAAGGGACUUCCACAAGGGCGUUUCGUUCGUGACAUCAAGGAAACCGUCGAUUUCGGCUCACCUCGCGAUGCGCUCGUAGACAACAUCUGGGUACCAGAGGAGAAGCUUCCGGGCUUCCGCAAGUUCAUGGAAGAUUUCUACGAAACCUGCUUCAAGCUCGAGCUCGAGAUUCUCGCUGCUCUUGCCAAGGCCCUCGGCGUCGACGAAAACCAAAUGGUAGCUCUGCACAACAAAGCCGAGAACGAGUUCCGCAUCCUUCACUACCCAGAGGUCCCAGCGACAGAAUUGGCUGACGGCACCGCGACACGCAUUGCCGAGCACACGGACUUCGGCAGCAUCACCAUGCUCUUCCAGGACUCCGUCGGCGGCCUGCAGGUCGAGGAUCAGCAAAACCCCGGUGUCUUCCGCGGCAUCGAGUCAGCCGACAAGACAGAGAUCAUUCUGAACAUUGGUGACUCGAUGCAACGACUGACGAACGAUACUUUCCGCGCUGCGUGCCACCGCGUCACCUACCCGCCUUUUGUUAAGGUUGGUUCGGAAUCAGUCAUUCCUGAACGGUACUCGAUUGCAUACUUUGCGAAGCCGAACCGCUCGGCAUCGCUGUUCCCGUUCAAGGAGUUCAUCACACCGUCAACGCCUUGCCGGUAUGAGGACAUCAACGCAUGGGAUUUCCAAAACCAUCGCAUCUCCAGACUGUUUAAAUGAGCAUCGUAUUGAGAUUUACAGAAUGACUAAUUUAUGGAGUUUCCUUUUUAUACGUCAAGCAUAUCGUUGAAGCAUAGGUCGCUGUUGAUUCGUGUAGACAUAGAGCGGUAGAUCCCAACAUCCAAAUCUGCAAGUGUCUUCGGAUGGUUAU